ACAAUCUUGCUUCUUUUUAUCUCAGUGGUGUUUGAGGGGUCGGAGGGAGUGCGUAUAUGGCAGCUCUCUGAGAAGCUAGGCUAAGGAAGAUGUCUUUGUAGAAUUUAUUACUAUUUUUAAUCAGUCCGAACUUCCAGGGCGCUCGUCAUGCUUGCUUCUGUAACUUUUUCCUCAGCAAUCGAAUUUUAAGGAAGAAUUCGAUCUUUUCCGCAGUGCAAUUUCUGCAGUGUGCUUGCUAACACCAGCUAACUAGCUAAUCUAUGAUUUCGAAGGAUCAUAGAGGAUUGGAUUCCCACCACUGAAUAAUUUUGUUGAAACUUUCGGGCUUUUGAUACGCAGAACACUGCUUUUAAAUAUUCAAUAUGGAAAUGCCUCAAGACGCCGAAUUCAGUCCUUUCAACCUUCACCAGGACCGCAGGCCCGACAGGAACCCCAGGCUUUCCAAACUCUCCUUGCCGGAGUUGAAUGCCAAGGCUUCCCCCUGCAUGAAGAAUCUUUUCGCUUCGCCAACUGUCCUGUCCCCUGUGACUAAUCUGGCUUUAAAUAUGACCAACCUUGCAGUCCUCGGAAGUCAAUGUGAAACCCCAAAACGUAAGAAGAAUGUCCCGCUUUUAAAGAUACCUUCCUAUGCCUCUGACGCUUCCUCAGAUGCCGGUCUUGGAAUGGAUUCUCCUGGGCCAAUAGACACUGUGGAUGUUGAACUGACGUUUGAAAAGGCCAUGCAAAGAGUGGGCGAACAAGGCAACGAGAAGGUGCCUAUUAGAAGAAUCCAUUCCCUUCCGACUCGGUUGUUGGGAGAGAGCCCCACAUUUAAGAGAAAGGAUUUAGACCCCCGAAGCUUUGGCAUCUUCACUCAGGCUCACUCGGACUCCAACAAGGAAAACAUACAGGAUGGCUCUGUGUUUAAGAAGCCAUCGCUCCCAGUCUCGCGCUCCCGCCUCCGCUCUAGCCCCAACAGAGAUGCUUUUGCUCCACGACCCAAUUCUGCUCCUGCACUUAUGCUCUCCCCACCCUCCACCAGUCACUUUGCUUCACUAGACGACAGCAGCCCCUUCUUCCUGCGGCGCUCCUCGCUCACCAGCAGUCUCCAGGACGACGAUGACGAUGGCUUCCUCGAUGUCCUGGAUGACAUGGAGAAUGAGUCCGACGUUCCGGUGGGCAUGGCCAGUCUCCUCACGGCUCCCCUGGUGACCACCAGACAACCCGCAGAGGACAUUGGCCUGCCGUUGAUUCGGUGUCGGCCGCGGGGUCUCUUCCGUUCGCCGUCCAUGCCCAACCCACAGGUGCGCUUUCAACUCAAGAGGCAAGAGCGCCUGGACGACAACACGCCAACCAGGGUGAAGAGGAGACGCAGUCUGGCCGGCACGCACUUCUCAGAGGAAAUUGAACAGCCCCAACAGACGGCAUGUGCUCAGGUUCAAAGAUCAAAGUCAUUCUGCCAGACUGAGAUUGAGAAGCUGCUGGACAGCGACACCAACAACUUCAUCGGAGACUUCACCAAGCCCUUUGCUUUGCCCACUGUUGAUGGCAAACACCAGGACCUGAAGUACAUCACACCUGAUAUGAUGGUGGCAGCGCUUGAUGGGAGAUUCAACGAGCUUGUGGAGCGUGUGAUCGUCAUCGACUGUCGGUACCCAUACGAGUUCGAAGGCGGUCACAUCAAGGGUGCGUUAAACCUGCACCAGGAGGAGCAAAUUGAGGACUUCCUGAUGAAGACGCCCAUUGUCCCAUCAUGCCAGGGGAAGCGGGUGGUGAUCGUGUUCCACUGCGAGUUCUCCUCAGAACGUGGGCCCCGCAUGGCGCGCUUUGUGCGCGAGCGUGACCGGGCCCUCAACGAGUACCCCCACCUCCACUACCCUGAGCUCUACGUCCUCAAGGGGGGCUACAAGGAGUUCUUCCCCCUUCACCAGUUGGAGUGUGAGCCGCAGUCAUACCGGCCGAUGCACCAUGAGGACUACAGGGAAGACCUGAGAAAGUUCCGGCUUAAGAGUCGCACAUGGGCUGGGGAGCGCAGCAAACGAGACCUUUACAGUCGCCUGAAAAAGCUCUGACCACACCCAGUAGUCCUACUCACUCACUCAUACAUUCUCAUUCUCACUGCCAUUUUAACAACAUUCUACUUCAGCACACACUUCCAUUUGUGCAUCCUCCUUUGCGCAUACAUACUGUACUCCAUAUACUCUCCACAUACACACCCACGCACACACCAACUCCUAUUCAGAAAUAUUUCAGCUCAGGUUCAAAUGUUUCCCUUUUUAAUUGAAGCACUUAUUGUAAUGUUUUGAAUUGAGUUAAAGUGCUGACUUCAGUUUAAGUUUUGUGUUUUAAAAUGGUUUCCAUUUUAUUUGGCUAAUUUAGGAUUUCUCACUGCUACUGUGAGAAUGUUAUAUUAAUGGUCAGUGUCCAUGUGUGUGUGCUCCAUUCUAAGGUCUUUCAAAAGUUUCAUCAAGGAUUCUCUCGAGUGUGUCUGUGUGUACACAUGCGUCAUGGAGAUGUAGUGUGUAGGUUAUUGUGAUUUAUUUCUACUAUCUAUUAGAAUUAUUUAUUUGGCAGGGCUUGUCUCCCUGAAAUAUUUAUCAUAUAAGUUAUUCAUGCUUACAUUUUCUUUCAAAAAGGCUGAUGCCAUGUACACACACAGACUGUCCAGAGAAUCCUUAUAAGAAGCUAACCACUUCUCCAACCUGCCCCCACCCCUCCAUCUUCCUUGUGCUUUGCACUGACUGGGACUUGUGGUGUUAACCUUGUAUUGUACUUACCCAUUACUGAAACUUGAAAUGUUUAGGGAGACUGGAGAGGUUUGGGGAAGUGUGUGUGUGUGUGUUAAGUGACUGACUAACAAGUAUUCCAGGGAAGUAGCGAGGUCUGAUUGGAAUGCUGCAGGACGGCCUGUAAUAUCACCUUUUGCUUUUGUUUUGCUUAUUUUUAUUUAUUUUUUUCUCCCUUGUUCCCCCCUAGAGACCUCUAUUCUAAUGUGUGUGUGUUGUGAGGUUUUGUAAUUACAUUGUGAAUAUUGCUGUACAUUUGGCUGUGAAUAUGUACAAAUGUGGUACUGUGUGGAGACCUCAGAUGUGUAUAUCUUGUGUGUGUUGUACUGGAGGAGAUGUGUGUGGCGAGAAUAAACAUCUGGACAGAA